UCGGCAGUCGCUCCCGCGCGCUCGAUCGAGACGUUUCUUUGACGCCGGGCGGAGCGAAUACACGUCACCAACUUUCCAAACGGGCGAACUUUCUAACUAAACUGAAAAUCGGUCGGCGUGCGUGGAUAGUGCUUACUGUUUAGAAGAGAGUGUUGUUUCAGUGUUUUAUGGUGUUGAUGUGGUGUUGCUGAAGAUGCGGGGCGCCUGGGGGGCGUUCUGGCUCCUGCUGCUGGUCACGGCUGCCGCCGCUCAGAUAGACACGAGGCAUUUAUCAGGGCGGACCGGGCGGACGAAGCCUAAGCUCGCAAAGCAAUACUUUAAAAAGUUAAGAUUCAAAGGCGACACAAUAUGCCCGAGCGGCAUGUUCCGCUGCCCCGAGGGCAAGUGCAUCCCGGCGCUGUGGGUGUGCAACUACCAACGCGACUGCGAGAAAGGAGAGGACGAGUUUCAGUCGUGUCCACCGCCGGAGUGUGAGGCGGGGCAGCUGACGUGCGAGCAGUACGUGUGGAACAAGACGUACUGCAUCCCGCCGCACUACCGCUGCGACAUGCACGUCGACUGCGUGGACGGCACCGACGAGGCCGACUGCACGUACCGCAAAUGCCAGGCCGACGACUUCCAGUGCGGGCUGGAGGGCGCGGGCGCGGGCAAGGUGUCCUCGCAGGGGCCCUGCAUACCCAAGGAGAAGAAGUGUGACGGAUACCUAGACUGCCGGACGAACAAGGACGAGGCGGACUGUCCGGGGCAGACGACGGCGUGUCGCCUGGACCAGUACCGCUGCGCUACUGGCGACAAGUGCAUCGACGCGAGCGCCAAGUGCGACCACAAGGACGACUGCGGCGACAACUCGGACGAGGCGAACUGCAAUUUCCCCCCGUGCCACAUCGGGCAGUUCCGCUGCAGCAACGCGCUGUGCAUCCCCGCCACGUACCACUGCGACGGCUACCGCGACUGCGCCGACGGCUCGGACGAGGCCAACUGCACCGCCAUCGCCUGCCCCGACAACAAGUACCUGUGUCCGCGCGGCGGGCCCGGCGGCGUGCACAAGUGCAUCGCGCGCUCGCAGCUGUGCGACGGCAAGCGCGACUGCGAGGACAACGCGGACGAGGAGACCGCCUGCUCGACGAUGUCGUGUCCGGUGCUGGAGUGCGAGUACAAGUGCGUGGCGAGCCCGCUGGGCGGCGCGUGCGCCUGCGCCGCCGGCCUCGCGCUGGCCGCCGACAACCACACGUGCGUGGACCGCGACGAGUGCCGCGAGUGGGGGCCCUGCCACCAGCUCUGCAUCAACACGCCCGGCUCGUACACGUGCGCGUGCGCGCCCGGCUACACGCUGGGCGAGCGCGGGCGCUGCGCGGCGCGCGCGGAGGGCGCGUGGCUGGCGCUGGCGCACGAGCGGGGCCUGCUGCGCCUCGACCUGCUGGGCCGCGCGCCCGCGCCGCUCGCCAACUCGUCCACCGCCGCCGGCCUCGACUACCACUACCGACGGAACAUGCUCUUCUGGUCCGAUCUUAAAACUAGAAAGAUCCACUCACAGCAGCUGAACGCGCCGGCCGGCCUGGCGUCGUACGGCGGCAGCGACAUCACGGUGGCGGGGUCGUGGGCGCCGGUGGCGCUGGCCGUGGACUGGGUGGGCGACAAGCUGUACGUGGCGGACGCCGUGGGGCAGAAGAUCGACGUGUUCGAGCUGGACGGGCGCUGGCACGCCGUGGUGCUGGGCUCCAACCUCACCAACCCCGCCGACAUCGCGCUCGACCCCACGCUGGGCCUCAUGUUCGUCGCCGACAGCAGUCAAAUAAUUCGGGCGAACAUGGACGGAACGCACACGAAGUCGAUAGUGACGGAAGCGACGUACAAGGCCUCCGGCAUAGCGGUGGACACCAUCGCGCGCCGGAUCUUCUGGUGCGACUCGCUGCUGGACUACAUCGAGACGGUCGACUACGACGGCAACUACAGGUUCCUGGUGCUGCGAGGUCAGCAGGUGCCGAGCCCUUCGCGCCUGGCGCUCUUCGGCGACCGCGUGUACUGGUCCGACAGCACCAAGCAGGGCAUCAGCUCCGUCAACAAGUACGAGGGCUCGUCGAGCAUUCAGGCCAUCUACAAAACGAAGGACAUCAGGGAGCCGAAAGCGCUGUCCGUGGUCCACUCGCUCAAGCAGACCUCGGUGAACAACCCGUGCGGGGUCAACAACGGCGGCUGCUCGCAGAUGUGCAUCGUCACGGCGCUGCAGAACGGCGGGCUCGGCUACCGCUGCGCCUGCAACGUCGGCUACAAGCUGGAGACCGACCUGAGGAACUGCGACAUCGUCAAGGAGUUCCUCAUGUACUCCCAGCAGAGGUUCAUCAAGGGCAAGGUGCUGGACCCGGUGAUCGAGGGCUUCGGCGACGCGAUCCUGCCCGUGGUGUCGCGCCGGGCGAGGUUCGUCGGGCUCGACUUCGACUCGCGCGACGAACACAUCUACUACUCCGACGUGCUGCAAGACGUCAUCUACAGGGUGCACAGGAACGGGACGUCGAGGGAAAUCGUUCUGGCGUCCCAGAACGAAGGAGUCGAAGGGUUGGCGGUGGACUGGGCCUCGAAAAACCUGUACUACAUCGACUCGAGGAAGGGAACGCUGAACGUUCUGUCGACGAGGAACAUAGCGUACAAGAGGACUCUGCUCAAGGAUCUGAAGCGCCCGCGCGCCAUCGUCGUGCACCCGAACAAGGGGUACAUCUUCUUCUCCGAGUGGGACCGGCCCGCGAACAUCAGCCGCGCCAACACCGACGGCAGCGGGCUGCUGGUGUUCGAGAACGUCACCCUCGGCUGGCCCAACGGCCUGUCCAUAGACUUCGGCGCCGACAGGGUGUACUGGUGCGACGCGCUGCUCGACCACGUGCAGCACGCGCGGCUCGACGGCACGGACGUCAAGACCGUCAACUCGCGACUGAUAAGGCACCCGUUUUCGAUAGUCAUCUACAAAGAAUUCAUGUACAUCACCGACUGGCGGCUGGACGCCAUCGUCCGCCUGCACAAGUCGACCGGCGAGCAGGAGGACGUCAUGGUGCGGGAGCCGCAGACCAACAGGCUGUACGGCGUCAAGGUGUACAGCCAGGAGAUCCAGACGAUCGACGCCAACCAGCCGUGCUCGGUCAACAACGGCAACUGCCAGAAGUUCUGCUUCGCCGUGCCGCGGAACAACACGGAGCUGCUGGCCGUCAAGUGCGGCUGUCCGUACGGCGAGAAGCUGUCGGCCGACGGCACCAGCUGCGUCGCGGACCCCAACUCCGAGCCGCCCGUGCAGGCGUGCCCCAACACCUGGGACUUCACCUGCGGCAACCAGCGCUGCAUCCCCAAGAGCUGGGUGUGCGACGGCGACGACGACUGCUUGGACAACAGUGACGAGGAGCAAAACUGCACCAAGUCGACGUGCAGCGUGUCGGAGUUCGCGUGCAAGUCGGGGCGCUGCAUCCCCGCCACCUUCAAGUGCGACUCGGAGAACGACUGCGGCGACUUCUCGGACGAGACGGGCUGCGUCAACGUGACGUGCAGCUCGUCGCAGUUCCAGUGCGGCAACGGGCGCUGCGUGCCCAACACGUGGAAGUGCGACUCGGAGAACGACUGCGGCGACGGCUCGGACGAGGGCUCGCACUGCGCCGACAAAACCUGCGCUUACUUCCAGUUCACGUGUCCGCGCACGGGGCACUGCAUCCCCGCGUCGUGGGUGUGCGACGGGGACGACGACUGCUUCGACAAGCAGGACGAGGCGGACUGCCCGCCCGUGUCCUGCCUCGCGUCGCAGUUCAAGUGUGCCGACUUGAAGCAGUGUGUGCAGGAGGCGUACAAAUGCGACGGUAUCCCGGACUGCAACGACGGCUCGGACGAGGCAGGCUGCCCCUCGCUCGCGCCGCACCAGUGCGCCGCCGACCGCCAGUUCCAGUGCGUGUCGUCCGGCCUGUGCAUACCGCGCACUUGGUACUGUGACGGUACACCGGACUGCGAGGACCUGUCGGACGAGCCGGCGACGUGCGGCGCGGCGGCGUGCGGUGCGGGCCACUUCCGCUGCGACAACGGCCGCUGCGUGUUCCGCGCGUACGUGUGCGACGGCCGCGACGACUGCGGCGACGGCUCCGACGAGGGCCUGCAGCACGCGUGCAAACCACCGCCCUUCAGGUGUCCAUCAGGACAGUGGCAAUGCCCCGGCAUCUCCAACCGCUGCGUCAACCUGACUCAAGUGUGCGAUGGCAACUUCGACUGUCCCAACAGCGCUGAUGAAGGUCUGGCCUGCGACUUCACGAGCUGCCAACUCAGUUCCAGCCUGUGCUCCAACGACUGCAAACAGACGCCCGACGGGCCCCUGUGUCUGUGCCCCAGCGGCGAGGAGCUGGAGGCCGACGGGUACACCUGCAAGGACAUCAACGAGUGCGAGCCUCCGGGGCUGUGCUCCCAGGUCUGCACGAACACCAAGCGAUCUUACUUCUGCAGCUGCGUCGAAGGCUACCAACUGAACGCCGACAAACAUUCUUGCAAGGCCAACAACCACUCCAGCGCGUUCCUGAUCAUCUCCAACCGGCACUCCAUCUUAGUGGCCGAUCUGAACGAGCAAGGUCUCGAGAGGGUCCCGAUAAACGUGGAGAACGUCGUCGCCACGGCGUCCAACAUGCACACCGGAACCAUCUUUUGGUCGGACAUGAAACUCAAGAAAAUCUCCCGAUUAGAUCGGGGUAGCGAACCGCAAGUGAUCAUCUCCACCGGACUGGAUCUAGUGGAAGGGCUCGCUUACGAUUGGGUCGGCGGCAACAUUUAUUGGUUGGAUAGCAAACUGAACACCAUCGAAGUCGCCAAAGAGGACGGAAGCGCCAGAACAGCUUUACUGAGUGGAAACAUCACGCAACCGAGAGGAAUGUGCCUGGAUCCCGCUCCGAACGCCAAAUGGCUGUUCUGGACGGAUUGGGGCGAGAACCCUCGCAUCGAGAGAGUCGGAAUGGACGGAACUCAGCGAGAAGCCAUCAUCACGACGAAAAUAUACUGGCCGAACGGGCUGACUCUGGACACGGCCACGCAAAGGGUGUACUUCGCAGAUUCCAAGCUCGACUUUAUCGAUUUCUGCUACUACAACGGCACCGGGCGCCAGCAGGUGCUGUCGGGCAGCCACUACCUGUUGCACCCGCACUCGCUCACGCUGUUCGAGGACACUCUGUACUGGACGGACCGCCAGCUCAACCGGGUGCUGUCCGCGCACAAGUUCCGCGGCACGAACCAGACGGUGGUGUCGCACCUCAUCUCCCAGCCGCUGUCCAUCCACGUGCACCACCCGUCGCUGCAGCCGCAGCACCCGUCGCCGUGCGGCGCCGCCCCCUGCCAGCACCUGUGCCUGCUGAGCCCCAACAAGACCGGCGGCUACAGCUGCAUGUGCAAGCCGGGAUUUAAACUGCUGCCCGAUGGAAAGUGUAUUGAAGAGGAAAACGCAUAUUUAAUGGUACUAAAAGGAUCCCAGAUCAUCGAUCUGUCGACAGACGGCUCCGGAAGAGCUGGACAACUGCCUCCCGUUGUCGGUAUUCAAGGUGGCGUACAACUGGACUACGACCGUCAAGGCCACAUGCUCUACUGGCUCCAAUCGAUCUCCGGCGACAGUGAAGAGGACGAGAACUGCACGAUCUACACUAUGCCCUACGGCGGUGGCAAUAAGGUCGAAUUCAUCGGUCAGGACACCGGCAUCGUCGGCUCCCCGUCCGCCAUAGCGUUCGACUGGCUCGGCAGGAACUUGUUCAUGGCCAACAAAGUGGCCAGCAACAUCGAGCUGAUCCGAGUAGAUGGAAAAGUAAAAUAUAGAACUAUCGUUUUCGCAAACGAUGGCAGCAAGCUGUCUAUCGCCAAACCUAAAGGAAUAUGCUUGGAUCCCACGGAAGGAAAAAUCUACUGGUCCGACGAAGGUGGUUAUGGAGUUCCUGCAAAAAUCGGAAGAGUCAACAUGGACGGAAGCAACCCGGUCAUUCUCGUCGACAACGUGGAGAGGCCGGAGGCCGUCGCCAUCGACAUCGACAGGAAGAUCGUGUACUUCAGCUCGCAGUACCCGGCCAGCGUCAACAGCAUGACCGCCGACGGGAACGAUCGCAAGACGAUACUCACGGAGGCCAACGCCAUCUCCCACCCCAAAGUCAUCGCCGUCCUCGACUCGCGCCUCUACGUGCUGGACACGCGCCACGAGAAGAUCAUCAAGGCGGACUUGCCCAACGGAGACAACCUUAAAGUCAUAUUAGACAACGAAAGCGACUUGAAAUCUCUCACGAUCUUCCAGAAGCGGAAAAUGAUGCAUCACCCCUGUUCGCAAAAUAACGGCGGCUGCGAACAGAUAUGUAUUCCCAGCGAGGGCGGCUCGAGAAUUUGUACGUGCUCCAUCGGCUACAGGAAGGAGAACGAGGUCAAUUGCGUUCCUUUCAAGACCUUCGCGGUGGUGUCGCAGUUGGACCUCAUCCGCGGGUACAGCCUCGACAACAGCGCAGAAGCGAUGGUCCCCGUGACCGGGCCGGGCCACCACAUACUGCACGUCGACGUGCACUUCGCCGACAGUUACAUCUACUGGGUGGAGUUCAACCGCGGGCAGUGGAAUGGCAUAUUCAGAGUCAGACCGAACGGAUCCGACCUGCAGCACGUCGUCAAAGACGGCAUCGGCAGCAACGGCGUCCGAGGGCUGGCGGUCGACUGGGUCGCGGGGAACUUGUACUUCACGAAUGUGUUCCCGCACGAAAACUACGUAGAGAUGUCCUGGCUCGACGGCUCCAACAGAAAAGUCAUUUACAAAACGACCAUGGACGCCCCGAGAGAGUUGGCCGUCAACCCUCUCAAGAGGCUGUUGUAUUGGAUCGACUACGGCCAGUAUCCGCGCAUAGGCAAGGCUCACCUGGACGGCAGCGACUGGCAGACGCUGGUGAGCUCCGGCAUAUCGAACCCGAGAGAUCUGACCGUCGACAUGCUGACGCACGACGUGUACUGGGUGGACUCCAAGCUGGAUCAGAUACAGAAGAUCUCGUACAGCGGCGGCAACAGGCAACUCAUCCGAUCCAACCUCCCCAACCCGAUGGGCGUCGCCGUGCACACCGGCAGCGUGUACUGGGUCGACCGGAACUUGCAAACCAUUUACAAAGCGUCCAAACUGCCCGGCAACAUGUCCAUGCCGGAGAAGAUACGCACCAAUCUGCCCAAGCUGCGAGACAUCGUCAUAUUCGACAUCAACAACCAACCCACCGACGAGAACAACCCCUGCCGCAAGCUCGGCAACGGCGGCUGCGAGCAGCUCUGCUUCAGCUACCCGCCGGACGCCAACAAGGGGUACACGCACCGGUGCGACUGCGCCACGGGACAGAUAUCCGCGAGCAACCCGAAAAAGUGUGACGUCGUCGACGAGUACUUGGUGUUCACGACGAGGACUGAGAUCCGCGCCGUCAACCUCGACCCCAAGUCGACCGGAGUGCCGUUCAAGCCCAUCGGCAACCUGACGAACGUCGUGGGAGUCGAGUUCGAUUACGCCGACAACAAGCUGUUCUUCACGCAAAUAAGACCUUACUCGAGAAUCGCCUGGAUGUCGGCGAACAAUCCCGAGCCGUCCGGCAUACAGAACAUCAUCACCAAAAACAUCAACCCCGAAGGCAUAUCGUACGACUGGACGCAGAAGAAAGUCUACUGGACCGACAGCUCCAACAACUCCAUUUACGCUAUGAACUUGGACGGCACCGAGCUGGUGAUGAUCGCCAGAGUGGAGCGCCCCAGAGCCAUCGUCGUGGAUCCGUGCAACGGGACGUUGUACUACACCGACUGGGGUCGGUUCGGGACGUCGGGCAAAAUAUACAGGACCACCAUGGCGGGAUCUCUCAAGAAAGCCAUCGUCGACAAGGACCUGUCGCAACCGAGCGGCCUCACGAUCGACUUCGACGAAGACAUGUUGUACUGGACCGACGCCGUGCGGGAAAAGAUCGAGCGCUCCAAGCUCGACGGCUCCGAUCGAGAGGUCUUAAUAUCGGCGACGAUCUAUCCCUUCGCCAUCACGGUCUUCAGAAACUAUAUCUAUUGGACCGACCUCCAGCUGCGAGGCGUGUACAGGGCGGAGAAGCACACCGGCGCCGACAUGAUCGAGAUGGUCAAACGACUGGAAGACUCGCCGCGGGACAUCCACAUAUACAGCACGAGCAGACAGACGUGCCAGACCAACCGCUGCAACAUCAGCAACGGUGGCUGCGCGCAGAGCUGCCACCCCGCGCCCAACAACACCGUCGAGUGCAAGUGCGACGACGCCACCAAGCUGGUCAACGAGGGGAGGAUGUGCGUGGCGAAAAAUAUCACCUGCGACUCCAGCAAAUUCUUCUGCGCCAACGGAAAGUGCAUCAGCAGAAUGUGGUCGUGCGACGGAGACGACGACUGCGGCGACAACUCGGACGAGGACAAGAACUACUGCGCCUACCACUCGUGCUCGCCCAACGAGUUCCGCUGCAACAACGGCCGCUGCAUAUUCAAGUCGUGGAAGUGCGACCACGAGAACGACUGCAAGGACGGCUCCGACGAGGAGGGCUGCGUGUACCCGCCCUGCGCCGACGGCGAGUUCACCUGCCAGAACUCGCGCUGCAUCCCCAAGACGCAAGUGUGCAACGGCAUCAACGACUGCAAAGACAACGUCACGUCGGACGAGACGCACGAGCGCUGUCCGCGCAACACGACGUGUCCGACGAAUCAUCUCAAGUGCGAGAAGACGAACAUCUGCGUCGAGCCGUACUGGCUGUGCGACGGCGACAACGACUGCGGCGACAACUCCGACGAGGAUCCGCUGCACUGCGCCCAGAGGACUUGUCCGCAGAACAGCUUCCGCUGCCCCAGCCACCGCUGCAUCCCGGCCACCUGGUACUGCGACGGCGACGACGACUGCGGGGACGGCGCCGACGAGCCGCCGGAGUACUGCCGCUCGGAGGGCCGGACUUGCUUCGGAGAUCUGUUCACCUGCGACAACGGCAACUGCAUACCCAGAAUUUACAUCUGCGACGGCGACAACGACUGCCUGGACAGCAGCGACGAGGACGACAGGCACCAGUGCAACGAACGCAAAUGCGACGCCGAAACCGAGUACACGUGCGAGGAGAACAAGUUUUGGAACAGAGCGCAGUGCAUACCCAAGAAGUGGCUGUGCGACGGCGACCCCGACUGCAUCGACGGCGCGGACGAGAACACGACGCUGCACCACUGCUCGACGCCCACGCCGUGCUCCGAGGACCAGUUCCAGUGCAACAACGGCCGGUGCAUCAACGAGGGCUGGGUCUGCGACCACGACAACGACUGCGGCGACGGCUCGGACGAAGGCAAGCAGUGCAACACGCAAUACAAGAAGUGUUCCGCGAACGAAUUCAGGUGUCAGAACUUCAAGUGUAUCCGAGAUCACUUCAGAUGCGACGGCGAAGACGAUUGCGGCGAUCACUCCGACGAAGUGGGCUGCGUGAAGGAAAACAAAACGUGUCCCGCGGGGCAGUUCAAGUGCAACAACGACCAGUGCAUCGACAACAGGCUCGUCUGCAACAAAGUGUCCGACUGCACGGACGACUCGGACGAGCCGGCGCACUGCAACGUCGACGAGUGCGCCAAGUUGGAGAUCAACCAGUGCGGCCACAAGUGCGUGGACACGCUGACCGGAUACUACUGCGACUGCAACCAAGGCUACAAGCUGCUGAGCGACGGCAAGGCUUGCGCCGACGUGGACGAGUGCACGGAGACCCCGGGCGUGUGCUCCCAGUACUGCUCCAACACCCCCGGCUCCUACUACUGCAAGUGCUCCGAUCAGUACUACGAAAGAGAACCGGACGAACACACGUGCAAAAGGAAAGACAACAUCACCGCUUGGAUCAUAUUCACCAACAAAUACUACGUCAGGAACAUGUCGACCGACGCCUCGCUCUACAACCUGAUGCAUCAAGACCUCAUGAACGUCGUCGCUAUAGAUUUCGAUUUCAAAGAAAACAAAAUGUACUUCGCCGACGUGUCUGCCAAAAUAAUAUAUCGGUCCGAUUACACCGAUCCGAACCCGACCAAGGAAGUCGUCAUUCGACACGACUCUCACGGCCUGGAAGGUAUCGCGAUCGAUUGGAUAGGGAGGAAGCUCUAUUGGCUAGAUCGACACUCGAAGAAUUUGGACGUGUCCGAAUUGGACGGGACGAGAAGGAAAACGCUCAAAACUGGAAUCGCCGAUCCUCGCGCUAUCGUCGUGCAUCCGGGGACCGGGUACCUGUACUACACGUCCUGGCAUCUUCAGGCUUACAUCGGCAAGUUGGGCAUGGACGGCUCCAACUACAGCACCGUCCUGGACUGGGACGACGACAUCGCCUGGCCCAACGCUCUCACUAUCGACUAUUUCACGGACAGAAUUUACUGGGCGGACGCUCAUUUGGACUACAUAGGCUCGGCCGAUUUAGAAGGCAAACACAGACACGUCGUCCUCUCUGGAGAAAAGGUUCCGCACGUUUUCGCCCUCAGCCUGUUCGACGACGAAAUCUACUGGACCGACUGGAACCUCAAAGCCAUUCUCAAAGCGAACAAACAUUCCGGUGAAAACUACACGCUCCUCCGCAACGCGACGCACCGCCCCUACGACAUCCACGUCGUGCACCCGCUGCGGCAGCUGCCCUACCACAACCCCUGCGGCAACAACAACGGCGGCUGCUCGCACCUCUGCCUCAUCGCGCCGCCGCACGAGUCCAGCUACCUGAACAUCGACGGCUACGGCGAGGAGGGCGCCACCACCUACAGAUGCGCCUGUCCCAACCAGUUCUACCUGGCGCGAGAUUCGAAGACUUGCAUAGCCAACUGUACCGACGGGCAGCACAGGUGCAACGGCCGAGACGAAAAGUGCAUUCCUUGGUUCUGGAAGUGCGACGGCGAGAAAGACUGCACGGACGGCUCCGACGAACCGGACACGUGCCCGGUCCGACACUGCAGGGCCGGCUCGUUCCAGUGCAAGAACACGAACUGCACCCCCGCGGCGACCAUCUGCGACGGCACGGACGACUGCGGCGACGGCAGCGACGAGGCGCAGUGCGCGCACGAGUGCCCGCUGCUCGAGUUCAAGUGCAAGUCGAGCGGCCGCUGCAUCCUGGACAGCUGGAAGUGCGACGGCGACACGGACUGCAAGGACAACAGCGACGAGGACCCGCUUCUGUGCCACAACCGGCCCUGCAAGCCGGACUCCGAGUUCUCCUGCAAGAACGGUCGCUGCAUCCCCAAACUGUGGAUGUGCGACUUCGACAACGACUGCGGGGACGACUCCGACGAACCGGCCUACAUGUGCAGGCAGAAGAACUGCACCAACGGCUGGCGGCGCUGCCCCGGCCAGUCCAACUACAGAUGCAUCCCGAAGUGGUUGUUCUGCGACGGCAAGGACGACUGCAGGGACGGCUCCGACGAGCUGCCGGAGAACUGUCCCUCGUGCAACGGUCAGACUGACUUCACCUGCCAGAACAAACGCUGCAUACCGAAGCAGUGGCUCUGCGACUUCACCGACGACUGCGGCGACGGCUCCGACGAGGCGGAGGCGGUGUGCCAGCACAAGUACCGGGAGUGCUCCGAGUCCGAGUUCAAGUGCGGCAACGGCAAGUGCAUCUCGUCCAGGUGGCGCUGCGACCACGAGGACGACUGCGGGGACAACACCGACGAGAUGGACUGCGGCGGGUUCCAGUGCAAGAACGGGACCUUCCAGUGCAAGUCGGGCCACUGCAUCGCGGCGUACUUCCGGUGCGACGGCGACAGGGACUGCAGGGAUCUGUCCGACGAGAUCGGCUGUCCCCCGCGCUACCCCGGCGGGAGGUACUGCCCGGAGAGCAGGUUCCAGUGCGGCAACAACCUGUGCGUGUCGCAGUCGGAUCUGUGCGACGGCACCGACGACUGCGGCGACGGCUCCGACGAGGCGCCCGCCAUCUGCACGAACUUCAACUGCGACACGCUGCGCCGCUACCACUGCGACAACCAUCGCUGCGUGCCGAGGUACCAGGUGUGCGACGGCGUGGACAACUGCGGCGACGGCUCGGACGAGAACAACAUGACGCUGUGCGCCGCGCGCGCGCGCCCGUGCGACCCGCUGGCGCAGUUCCAGUGCGCCAACCGCCACUGCGUGUCGCGCACGCAGCUGUGCGACCUGGCCGACGACUGCGGCGACGGCUCCGAUGAGCUGGGCUGCCACCACGCGCACGCCUGCUCGCCGCACGACAAGGGCGGCUGCGAGCACUUCUGCACGAACCUGACGCUGGCGGGCGGCGCGCCGGGCGGCUACAUCUGCACGUGCUUCCAGGGCUGGAUCAUCUCGCGCGCCGACAACAAGCGCUGCGCCGACGUGGACGAGUGCGCGUCGGGCGCGCACCACUGCUCGCACCUCUGCACCAACCUCAACGGCAGCUACAGCUGCAGCUGUCGGGAGGGAUUCAAAUUAGCUGACACUUUAUCCGGUAUUUGCAAAGCGGUCGAGGACGAGGUGGUGCUGAUGUACGCGAACGGGCCCGAGAUCAGAGCAUUCGUCCAGGACAAGAACGAGCAGUACGAUGUUAUCACUUCGGAAAAGAGGAUUGAAGCCAUCGACUACGACCCCAAGCAGGAGAUGGUGUUCUGGGCGGACAGCUACGACAAGACGAUCAAGCGAUCCUACAUGAUCAACGCUCUGAAGGGAGAGGUCAAGAGCGGGUUCGCUCAAGAUCUCAACAUGAAGGGAAAUUCCAAACCGACGGCGAUCGCUCUGGACUACAUCGGCGAGAACUUGUACUGGACCGAAACCGACCGGACCGGCUCCAAACCGCGAGGUCGCGUGAUGGUCGCCCGGACCGACGGCCGGUACCGCAGGGCCAUCGUGUCCGCCGGGAUCGAGAGCCCGACCUCCCUGGUCCUCGACCCUCAGCUGGGCAAAAUGUUCUGGACGGACGCCGGUUCGGCGCCUAAAAUAGAGACCGCGUGGAUGGACGGCUCCAAGCGACGACCGAUCAUCACGGAGAACGUCCGGCACCCGACGGGUCUGGCGAUCGACCACGCGAUGGACCACGCGAUCUACUGGGCGGACACCAAGCUGAACACCAUAGAGAUGAUCAAACACGACGGGACGAACCGCAAGGUCAUCCUGAAGGGCGACUUCCUGAAGCACCCGCUGUCCCUGGACGUGUUCGAGUCGUCGCUGUACUGGGUGACGAGGGAGACGGGCGAGCUGGUGCGGCAGGACAAGUUCGGGCGAGGAGUGCCCUUCGUCAUAUCGAAGGAUCUAGUCAACCCCUCGGCUGUGAAAGUGUACCACCCGCUGCGCUACAACAUGUCGCUGAGCGCGCGCGGCGCGUGUGCGCGCUCGCCGUGCUCGCACCUGUGCCUGGCCGUGCCCGCCGGCCGCCGCUGCGCCUGCCCCGACCUGCUCACGCCGCCCAAGCGCGCCACGCACGAGCUGGCCUGCGACGCAGCCAUCGAGCCGCCGCGGCCGCUGCCGCGCGCGUGCCCGUGCCAGAACGGCGGCACGUGCUCGGAGGCGGCGGACGGCGGCGUGCAGUGCGCGUGCCGCGCGCCGCUGGCGCCGCCCUACUGCGCGUCCGCCGCCGCCGCCACGCAGGCGCGCGCCUCGUCCGCCGCCGCCGUCGUGGUGCCCGUGCUGCUGGUGCUGCUGCUGGCGCUGGCGGCCGCCGCCGGCUGGUUCAUCGUCAGGAAGAGGCCCUUCGGCAAGGGCGGCGCGCUGGGCAGCCUGGCGUCGUCGCAGUCGGUGUCGUUCCGCGCCGGCUCCAACGUGGAGUUCGGCGCGGCGCUGGCGGGCGCGGCGGGCGCGGCGGGCGACGCGUACGCGCUGGACGAGCCGGCGCGCAAGGGCCGCGACUUCAGCAACCCCAUGUACGAGGCGGUGACGCGCGCCGCCGCCGCCGGCGAGCCCGAGCCGCCCUUGCCGGGCAUCUACGAAGUUCCCGAAGAGCUGAAAGAGAAGGUGGUGUCGGCGGUGAUCUCGCCGUCGUCGACGGAGACGCGCAGCACGAAGCGCACGCGCGCGCUGGACCCGGCGGCCGACACCGGCGCCGACACCGCGCAGCUGGUCCGGGAGGACCGGGAGUGCUAGCAGUGCAGGCGCCCGCCCCCCUGGCGCCCUCCCCUCGGCGAUCUGCUGCUCUCUCCGCUGCUCCUGCUCGAGAACCUGCGAUCGCCUGCGUAGAUUGUAACCUUUAAAAUCGACGAGGCACGCCUCGACCGGAAGACCAGAAGGCCUAGCCAAGUUACACAUCAAUUAUCUUUCUACAAAAGCAGACGCUUCAAAAACUAAAAAAUGUAUGGGAUUGACAGGUCGAUCACGUGACCGAUCGAUAAUGAAUGUUGUCUCCAUACAUUCUUUUGUUUUGGAAGCGUUUGUUAAAAGAGACUUGGCUACAGGCCGGAAACCAAUCAGUCUUGGUCAUAGAAAUGACUAUUUUGCUUUGACAAUGUGUUCGAUGGGUGACGUGUGCCGUGGACCGUGCUCAUAUAGUCCACUGAGUAGUACUGAACUUUGCCCUUUCAGGGACUCCUCAGCUGAUUGAAUGUGCUUCCUAAAACCUACAAACGAGAAAUACUUGACAUACUUUUUAACCGACUUCAUAUUGUAAACAGACGUGCUAAUGUGAAAUCUAUUUGAUACUAUUAAACGAUUCUUCCUCCCUCUGUAGUCUGAAUUUUAACUGCUGAUUGGUUCCGAAUUUAAAUCGAUUCCAAUGUUACCAACUUUACAGUAAUAUAAUUUGAGGGGGCUUGAAUUUAUGGUCUUCGCAGGAGGUCUUCUGCGAAGCUUAAAUAUUUAAUAAAAUAUGGGGCAAGUUUUUUGAUAAGUAAUUAUAAGGAGAUUAAUAUCACAAGCUGAAACUAAAGAAUGAAAUUAGCUGCACAAAUCUAUAUUCUGUUCUAUUUCUUUGAAUUCUAACAAAGUUUACUUUAUUCUAGUGUUUUUCAACCAGUAAAUCGGAACCUCCACGCCGGUCCGGUUACAGGAGGGUCGUGGGUAAAAUAAAAACACAUAAAAACAAGAUCUUCAAUAAAUUAUAGCCUAAAUUCAUGUUAUUUUGUCAUGGCCGUAAUAAAAUUAUAUUAUGACCAUGAAAAAUUUCAUAAAAAGGGUUGUUGAAAAAGGUUGAAAAACACUACUCUGUUUCAACUAUCCCGUCCAUAUUUUUUCAAAUAUUUAUAUCGUCUUAAUGUUAGUUAAGGUUAAUUCAAGGGAAUUAUAUUUUUUUGCAGUUGGUGAUCCCUUGAGAAAUGUUCUCGUUUUCUUCUCGUUUACCACUGUUAAACAUUUUUAUAUUUUAUUUCGUUUGAUAAUGUGUAUCAUUAUUUUUAUUCUGUUAUCUCUUUGCUAAUUUGUACUACUUCCGGCCGUACUUAUGUGUCAGUAUUCUUCUUUUUUGCUUGUCGUCGAUCGAAAUCAUAUCAUUACGUGAUAAUAUCAUCUUGUUAGGUAUAUGUAUAUUAUGAGACUUUUGUAUUAAAAUUAAAUAGUCUAACAUUUUAUCCUAGCACUGCUCGAGAUAAUCUAUAGACUCGUGGGAAGUGAAAAAAUCCAAAUUAGACCUUCUACAUUCCUACAAUAAGUGUUAAAAAAAAAUUUUAGUACAUAAUAUGUAAGUGACGUAGGGAUUACGACGACCGCGGCCGCUGUUUCUAGGGUUUUAGGUUCAUUUGACAAUAAGCGACGUAACUAUUUAGAGAAUAAUUUAUUUAUUUCGUUAUAAGACUAUGUAAAAUAUAGCUAUGUUGUGUUUUAUAAUUGUCUAUUAAAAUAUGGUAAAUUAGAUUUUCCUUUGUGGUGACAUUGACGAUUUGCCAUAAACUGUGAGAGGUAAUGUUUCUGUUGUUUAAUGUUAAAAUAAUUAUCGUCAAUUUUAUUUGUUAUGAAGCCUUUAAUCGAUGUAAAUAUGUGCGUUCAGAUAUGUGAUGUGUACAUUAAUAAAUAGAUUUUUUAAAAUAUAUUAUUAUGUACCUAUUGGACCUGUUGGCCAAUUUUAUUGUCUCACUUGAUGAUAUAACCAUUCAUAAAGCAAGUUUCUCAUUCCUAACAUUCAAGUUUACAGUGGUUCGUAGUUAGACAAUAUUUUGUAUCAUUGAGUGAAGUCAGUACAUAAGCACUGCACACCAAAUCAAAUCAGACAAUAAAAUUGAGACGGGACAUAAUUAUAGAAAAAUGUGAAUAAUGUAUAAGUAAAACAUCACAACAAUUUUUAUAUUAUAUUAUGACCAGAAAGCACAUGAAAAUGAGAGUAACUAUAUAAUUGUAAAAAAAACUGUCAAUAUAUAUAUUAUAAAUAUAAAUAAGAAGAUGAAAUAUUUUUAUAUUGGGAUUAUUACUAUAAGUUGUUUGACAUUAGUCGAGAAAUAUUGUGUAUAAAUAAAUUAAAUAUGAAUUACAACAA